AUGGCAAUCUGUGGGAGAAGAAAUAGCUCGCCCCCUCGAAUGUUCGUCUUCCUUUUCCUCCUUAUGUUGUGCGUUGUGUCAUAUUAUUGGAAGAAGAACAGAAGCUGGAGUCCAAAUGCUAACCGAAAGAAACUUCCCACUCCUUUUUGCAAAGGCCGGUUAGCUGACGGUACAAUCACCCCACUCCGGGAUCAACACAGCUUUAUCGUCACCCCUUAUUUCGACAAACGAGAGGGGAACCUCGUCCGUGUUCUGAGCAUUAUCCACCAUCAAAAAGUCCAGGAACUUUACUGCAGCUUUUGCUGUGAAAAGAGCCAGGCGAUUCGGGUGGUAAAAGGAGAGAUUGAUCUCCACCGAGACCGUUUUGACUUCCCGUACAGCACAGCAGAUGUGUUGUGCCUUCAGCCAGAAGACUGCCAUGCUAAGUUCAUCUCUGUUCACCCCUCCGCUGAGUUGGAGUCAACCCACCUGCCCCUAUUUCCCAUCCGGAACAUCCACCCGGAGAUGCCCUCUCUGGACUUCACCAUCUGCAUGUCGACCAUGUUUGGGAACUACGAUAACGUCUUGCAGUUUGUACAGUCCAUGGAGCUGUACAGUCUCCUGGGGGUCCAAAAGGUGACAAUUUACAAGAACAGUUGCAGCCCGCUCAUGGACAAAGUCCUAGAUUAUUAUAUCUCCAAAGGCAUCGUGGAAAUUAUUCCCUGGCCCAUCCAUUUGUACCUGAACGUAUCGUCGCAUUGGCAUUACUCCAUGGAAAAGAAAGAUCUUGGCUACUACGGGCAACUAACGGCCUUGAACGACUGUAUUUACUAUAACAUGUAUAAAAGCAAAUAUCUUCUGCUUAUUGAUCCCGAUGAAUUCAUUCUCCCCAGGAUGGAUGCUGACUGGAAGUCCCUCAUGCAAAGAUUGGAAAAGGAAUAUCCAGGAACUGGGGUUUUCCUCUUUGAAAACCGGGUCUUCCGUCGGACGGUGUUCUCCAAGACUCCCUUCAACUUCUUGGCCUGGACAACGGUGCCAGGAAUUAAUGUCUUUGAACAUAUCCACAGGGAACCCAAAGACAUUCGCAAUUUCAACAACAUGAAAAUGAUUCUGGAUCCAACUACAGUCAUUCAGACCUCAGUCCAUUCUCCUCUCAAGCAGCUUGGAGCCUCCGUUCAAGUUUCAAAUCAUAUCGCCUUUAACUUCCAUUGCAGGAUCCCCGAACGUAUUAAUGUGGCCGAUAGUGAUUUGAUUCGGGACCCAAUAUUCUGGAGUUACAACAAAACUUUGAUUCCAAAAGUGAGCGAUGUCUUGCUUGAAGCCGGUGUUUUAGGAGCCAGUGACACAGCUCAAAACCAAAAAAAUUGA